GGCUUAGGCUUAAAUCGGACGGUAACGGUUUUCCCAAGAAAUUCUUUUCGUUUUAUGGUUCAACAGUGUCGACCCCAACCGUGACAUCUAAUUUGCUGGGUCGCUGGGCUUCGUUUGGAUAUGUGGCUUGUCUCAUGACCUUCUUGAUGUAGGCUACUAGUUCAGUCUCUUCAACUUGAUUUGCAUUACCCAGAUAGAAGCUUCUGUCACGGUGCAGGGAAGAUGACAGUGAUUGCAACAGGCACCUCUGCUUCUGAAACCAGCGGUCCUCCCCCAAGGAAAAAGAUUUGCCUCUCCCUGUCUGGGAAAGGGAGGACAAAGCCAUCUACAGCCGAGGCGGAUUCACCGUCUGAAAUGAGUGUGACAGUGAAUAGAGUUGACGCAAACAAGAGACGAUUCAAGAAAAACUUUCCCCAGUCAGAUACUCGUUUCAGGAGGGAAGCCUUGACUGGUCCAUUAGAAUCAGGCAUGAUGCUGAAUGGAUUUGUUUCGGAUUCUGUGAAUUCAAUUCCAGCAAGCGAUGAUAGUCCUAGUAGUGAUGCCCCACUUGUUGCGACUCUUUGCAAUCUGGGCAAUACCUGUUUCUUGAACAGCAUUCUGUAUACACUUCGCUUUGCACCUCACUUUUUACAUAAACUCCAUCACCUCGUUAAUGACCUUGCCGAUGUGGCUUCACGCGACAAUACAGCAAAGGUGAAGUCUUCAUCUCUUGGUAGAAGUAUAGGUUUAAGUAGUAAACACUAUUGGAAUGUGGAACAAAUGAGAGCAUCAAGUGAGUCAUAUGCCAAAAAGAGGGUUCAAGCUGUUUCUGAAAAAUUGCAUGAAGUAUAUGAGUCACUACACAAUGCUGAACUUAAGGAAAGUACAGAACCCUUCCAACCUGAUGUGUUUUUACAUGCUCUAAGAGAGGUAAAUCCCAUUUUUGAGGGGAAUCAACAACACGAUGCCCAUGAAUUGCUUGGAUGCCUGUUGAAUUACAUGCGGGAAACCUGUCAGGACCUAGCUAAACAACUAGAAUCACAUCAAAACUCAGAGCUAUGUAAUGGUGCUUCAAGCGUUGAGGAUGUCAAAAAAGAAACCAAAGGUUCCCUUCUGGCCCAUGUGGGUCUGUCUUCUUCAACAUCAAGUAUAAGUGGUGCAAAAUGGGGUAUGAGGAAGUCAUGGAAGCGCAAAAAGCCUCUUAGUGAAAACUUCCUCAAACCUAAUCGAAGUGGCAAAAAUGGUGGUCAACCAUCUGUGAUAAGUAAUGGCAAUGCCACUGGUCAACAAUCCAGUAAUGGUGAAGCAACUUCCAGUAUUGAGCCUGCACCGAAUGAGCCUAGAAUAUUGGUAAAUGGAGAAGCACAUGAAAUUAGUGAUGGGGAUAGUGCUGGCAAAGAAAAUGGUUCUUGUUCAUUAAGACCCUUGCAAGAAACUGAUGAAGCUGAUAAUGCUGAGGAAAAAACUAGGCUUAACUUUAUAGAAGAAGAUUUUGAAGGUGUAAUGGUUUUGUGCACAAGAUGCUUGGAAUGUGAAUGUAUCACUGAAAUGAAGGAAGCUUUCUACGAAAUUGGUGUUCCGAUUGCUUCUGAUCAAGAUCCAGAGAUUCGAGAAGAUGGAAAGAGAAUCUCAGAGCUCUACAGAUCAUCAGUAGUCACAGAAGAACUGCUUCACCAUGUGAACAAAUAUUGGUGCGAACAUUGCUUGAGAUAUAAUGAAGCUCGAAGAUCUGUUCGUUAUGAAACAUUGCCACGGCUUCUUACUCUUCAAAUGAAGAGAUUUUCCUCAACUUUUGGAUCAAUGGUUUGCAUGUCCAAGGUAAAUGACUUCAUGCCAACUCCUUUGAUAUUGGACUGUUUCUGUGAAGAAUGCCUUGAAGCCGUAUCUAAGGAACAGGGCGUGAAACACAGGUACCAGCUGUAUGGAGUAAUUAUGCAUUUAGGAGCUACAAUUGCUUCGGGUCACUAUGUAGCUUAUGUACGAGCUUCAGAUCCUAUUUCUGAGUAUCGCUCUUGUGACAAGGACAAACGCAAAACUGCAAGUUUAAUUGCCACCAAUGCCACCAAAGGAAGCAAUCAACCUGACAGCGAAAAGGGUCGGGGAUUACUUAAAUUUUUCUCCAGAAACAAAUCAAAUACUUCUGAUGCUGUUUCCACAAACCAUCUUACAAAUCCACACUAUAGGAAUACCUGUCGAAGUUUGGAUUGUUGUGGAAUUCGUUUGAAUAGAUCAUAUCACUCUGCGGAAAAGAUUAUUGCAGUGAAUGGGAGUGGAGCGGGGAAUGAGGAGGCUGAGGAAGAAGGACCAGAACCUGCAUGGUUGGAAUGUGACGAUGAAACCGUCAGAGUUCUGAGUAGGCAACAAUUGGAAGACAUUUUGGCUCCCAAGCAAUCAAAGAACUCUUCACUGACACCGUACCUUUUGUUUUAUGCUCGUAUUCCUUGACCAAUUGAAGUUUCUAGUACACAUCACCAAAUUAAUCUUUACAUCUUAAUUGGAGUGUAUAGAGCCAGAAAAAAAAAUCAUUGUACUAGGUACAUUUGAGACAAAUAGUUCAGCCUUGAACUAAGGUAGAUUUUCAUUUAUUGAUGGUUAAAGUUCAUGUAGAAGAUAUUAGAGUUGGACAUAACUCUAUAUAUUUUGUAUUUCUAAUUUUGCUGACUUUACAACUAUGUCUCCCAUCCCCAACCUUCUCCUCAUUUUCCUUCUCCAUUCAUGUUGAUGUCAUAGUGUUGGGGCUUUCUUGAAGCUUUUUAUUUAACUAAUGUUGAGAGUACCGAUAGUUGACUGAGAAUGUUUACUGUACUUUACAGACUGUCUUUAAGUUUUUAGGUGUACCACACAUUUCUAUAUCGCGUUAUCACAGGGUUGCGCAGUGCCAGGACUAUUUCUGUCUAACUCUUUUUACUUUGUCAUUUCUUAAAUUCUGAAAACUGGAUGCAUGCUGUGUUGUAAUAGUGCAAUUUUAUAAAUGUUACUUAUUUGGUUAUUGUUUUUAUGUAAUUAGUUCAGCUUAAAUCAACAUCCCUCAUGUUUUGAUCUGCAUCUAAGGGCGUUCUUUUGAGAAUUUUCCCUGAAAAGAAAACGCAGUUUUAGUAAAUUUUGUCAUGAGUAGAAGUUAUAUUUGUAAUGUUUUACGGCGUAAUUGAAGGAGUUUCUUCCAGAACUCUGAUGUCAGAUUUUUAAAAAAGGGAAUCAUGGAAUUCGGGCAAAUGUAAAGAAAUGGCAAAAAUUGAAUCUUUUAUUAGAGGCUACAGCAUGUCUUGCUGACUUUGGUAUCAACUGAGGGAUUUUUCUCAUGUUAUACAUUCUCCUUGCAUCUGCUUGUUAGUGACACUAAAAAUAAAGUACUUCGUUUUCUCUACUUAAUGUUGAUGUUGCUUCUCACCAUUUUUUAUGAAGUUACAACAUUUAUUACGAAGUUACGAUGUUCCUCAACUCAAUAUUUUGGUCAUAUUUAUAUGAUCUGUGUGUUCAUCAUUCUUUUGUAGGAAACUUCAAAGAUAUUUUUUUAAAAUUAUCUGUUGAUUUUGUGAUAAAGGAGGGGUUACUUUCACAAAAGAUAUGUGCUUGUAGCGGCCUAAAUUGUGAAGACUUUUGAGCAAUAUUGGAAUGUUAUCAAUGACCCUACUGUAUAUUCUAUUAAUAUUUCAGAAUUUGAAAUUACAUGUUACUAUGAAGGUGGGAGUUAUUUGGCAAACUCUUCUGUAAGCUUUGAUAGGGAAUUGAUGCCACAUUAUUUGAAGACAGCCAUUUUUCAAUGAGACUCCUGUGCACUAAUUAGACUCACAAGUUUUAGUUUGCUUCUGAGUGGCCAGUUCUGGGUAGUUUAAAGGACAGAUUUGUUAUUUCUUUUCUUAGGCUUCUUCAUUAUUCUCUUAAACUCACAUUAUUGGUCUUAUUUCAUGUCUUUCACGGUGGAUGCACCAUUUUUAGUGUAGCUUAUGAUGUAGGGACCACUUUAGUAAUCCUAGCACUUUAAUUAUCAUUCUGGUGUUCUAAACGUGCUGACUCACUGUGCCUUUCCUGAGCAAUAGAUCUUUUAUUUGACAAAACCUGGUAAAAUGUGUAGCUGCAGAUGUAGUGUCGUACCAAGCCACAAACUCUUUGUGGACUUGCUUCCUAUCACAACCCUGCGUUUUCUUUAUUAAAUUUUAGGUGCAUGUAACAAGGUGAUUGCUCUUUUAUUCUAAAGAAUACUAUUGUCAUGUUUUGUCCUGUUGCAGGACUGUAAGAUCGUAUUAUUUGUCUAUGUUGAAUAGUGCAUAGUAUCAUUAAUAUUUUCCUGAUUUUUAUCUUAUCCUUAUGCUGUCAGCAGUGGGAGGUAAUUGCUAAAGUGAAGACCAAAGGAGUUCAUGUGCAACAGUAUUAUUAACUGUCAUUAGUUUUGUGAAUUUAGAUGAUGUCAAAAGUUGAGUCAAAAGCAAGCUACUGAAAGGAUUCUUUUUUUUUUAUUUGAGUUCUAUCAUGGAAGUCUACAGCAUAUUGAGGGAUACAUCAAGAAACAAAUAUUAGUGCCAUAAGUUUGAGCAUUGGAAACCAUGGUUCCCCGCCUCUUAUGUUUUGUAUCUCUCUUUGAUACGUUGUUUUUAAUUUUUAAGUGGUUAUAAAGAUUUGCCACUUAUCUUUAAGGUACAGUGGAUGUCCUUCUCAGAAUUGACUCAAAGCUGAUACAUCUACAUCAAUCUUCCUUUUUCUAUUUUUUUCUUUUUUUUCCUCACAUUUCUCACUUCUUUAUUCCUUUUCUCUCUCUCUCUUAUCUUUAAAUUAAGACUACUACAUGAUGAGUCUGCUUUUAUUUGAUAUUUUAUUGAAGCAAACUUUGUAGUGCUGUAUGUGAGGGUGUAACAUUGCCAGCAAUAAUAACAAUAAUAAUGAUAAUUUUUGAACCUAGUACAGUAGUUUCUCUGAGUCUAACCGGCGUUUGAGGUCAAAUUCUAUUAUUAUUUUUUUUGUGUGUUUGUAAAACCUGUCUGAAAUUUCGAUGAAUUUCUUUCUUCCUGCUGUAGCAUUGAACUCAUUUCCUGUGAGUGCAUCAACUCGCUUGCAAUUUUAUCAACUGUAGCUUAAGAUUUAAUUCCUUACACUUCUUGUGUCUGGUGAUUUUUCUUGACAUUCCUGUUUGUUUAUUUUUUUUUAAUGUGUGUUUUAUUCUGCUUUCCCUGUGGCUGUGUAGAAAUUUCCAAAACUGUAUUGGUUGUUUUGCUCUGUCUUUUCUUCUGAAUUUGUUAUUUUAUCAUCCUGUAACACAGCAUUACUAGAAACAUCAGUUGUCAGAUGUUGCCGUUUCUUUAUUCUUAGAUGUGCCUGGCAUUUCGAUAUUGUGUAUGAUAAUGUAAAUUGAAGCCCAUAUGAACAUGUAUAUUUUCUUAAUUGUUGUACAUAAUGUGAUACAUAUAGACAGGUAAAACAAAUUUUCAGUGUUGUUGAUUGUUAUUGGCUUUGUGUGAAAGAAAGUCCUGAGCAACAUACUACACAUUCCAUACUUAAAAAUUCAAAUUCCAGAGUGGUAACCAAAAUUUGAUCGGGUGAGCCUGACCAUCAUGCCAAAAUGGGUUAGGUUGGAAUUAUGUGGCCUGCUGAUCAGAGGGAAACAAAUGCAAAACAUUAUUUUAUUUGUAAUUUGUUUCUGUAAAUUUGUAUUUGUUUGCCUCUGAUCAUUGUGCCACUACAAUACACUAGGUAUUCAUUUCAGGUUUGGAAAUCCUCUGUAAUAAAUAGAUUGCUGUUUAUUUAAAAUAUUUGUUUUGUUGACUUUGGCUUCUUCUUAGCACCGGUUCCACAAACUACAUGCAUUUUACACUGAGAAUAGUGCAAAGUAAUGAUUGUGAUUUAAUUGGAUGUUUAGUGUGAAAGGGAUCUUUAGUUUCUUACCUGUUGUGCAGUGCUUUUUUGCACAUGAAAUUGUGUUGAAAAAAGCAAAUUGUUGUUCACUUUUGAGACUUCCUAAACUCCAAGUGAAGUUAAAUAAAUUUGUUCUAACAACGAAAA